GUCAAAUUUAUUAUUUUGAUAGUUCAAAGCGGAGUUUUUGGAUGUGCGUGUGAAAUGCGUAAAACGUUUUUCAAUUUUAAUAAGAAAAAUGUUUAACAAAGUACUACAACGAGCUCUAAAAUUUCGUUUGAAAAAGAGUUAUCCUACUAAUAUUUAUGAUUUGAAUAGAGGAGCGGCGAUCGCUGUCCGCCGUCCUUAUAGCGAUGAAGUAAAACGGGCCCAAGCUUCUAGCGUAGCCACUCCGGGUCCAACUAUAUUUGACAAAAUAAUUUCCAAAGAAAUAAAAGCUGAUAUAAUAUACGAAGAUGAAUAUUGCCUUGCGUUUAACGAUAUUUCUCCUCAGGCGCCGGUUCACUUUUUAGUCAUACCAAAGAAAAGAAUUCCUAGAUUGCAAGAUUGCGAGUCUUCUGAUAAAGAGCUACUUGGUCAUCUAAUGAUAGUGGCCAAGUCCCUUGGUGGAGAACGAGCUCCAGCUGGGUGGAGAUUGGUGAUUAAUAAUGGUAGACAUGGAGCUCAAUCUGUCUACCACUUACAUUUACAUGUACUUGGUGGACGUCAGAUGGGAUGGCCACCUGGCUAAGUUGAAUCAUUAGUGGAAUAAGUAGAGAAGAUUUUAUUAGGGUAAAUAAAAAUUGGCAUAUUUACGGAAAUUUCAAUACAAAUAUAUAUUAGUUAUUGAGAAAAUGGGUGUUUAGAUCAACAGAGACCAAUAAAAUUUGCUAUAAAGCUCUUUUAAUAUUUAAACAUUAAAACACUGUAAUAAAAUGUAGGACAGUAUUGGAAAUUGGAAUGUAAUCUAUAUAUUCUGAAGGUUAAAAUUAUUUAUCUUAUUUGUUUAAUGAUAGAGCUAUUUCUGUGCCAUAGAAAUAUGCUUCUGUCAAUUUUACAUAAAUUAAAUUCUUUAUUUUGACUACAUUCUGUAGUUUUAGAUUAGAGAAUAAAAAUAUGAUUAUGGAAAUUGAAAAUAUUUUGUUAAUUCAUUAACAAAGUAUUUGUACCGGGCAGGCAAUAUAGAACAAUAAAGAGAGACCAGUAAAUUUUUGGUAGGCAAAAAUAGGUAAAAAAGACAAUUGAUUAUAAAAAAAGUAUUGAUCACCAUAGUAAAUUAUUUAAUCGAUUAAUUUCUAACAUGGGUGGGUGGUACAGAUAGCACUCAACUUUCUUUUCAUAUAAAAUGCAGUACAACCUUUUUACUUUUCCCAUAUAAGUUAUCCACUAUUUUUAAACUUACAUGCUCAAAACAUACUAAAGAUUUAUAAGGCCAUUUUAAUAUUUAGUGCAAUAAAUCAGCCAAAUUAGUAUUAGGAUUUUUAUUUGCAAUUGAAUUAUUGUAAAUAAUGUAUAAAAUAAUGUCAUUUUUAAUUAUAAUUAUAUAACUGCAGUUUGAUAACAAUCAGUGAUGAAAUCAAAAUUUUUGUUUACAUUUUCCUACUGUUUUAUUUAAUUACAUACUAUUUGGGGAAAAAAUAUAUUUAUUAUAUUUUAUUAAAAAUAAUUUUAAAAGAUACUGUAAAAUAUAUAUAUAUUUUACUAAACUGAUACUAAUUAGCUUAGAAAGCCAAAAACAGACUGUAAUUAAAUGAAUCUCAAAUACAACAGUUACAUUGAAAAACAAAUCUAGUCCCAACUUAGUCUUAUUUUUAAUGAAUGUUACUAAUAAUUAAAUAUUUUAAUAAUAAUUAAUAGAACUGUAUAAUAAAAUAAAAAAAUAUAAUUUUUAACCACAUUAAGGGAAGAUGCAAUAUUUUCAAUUUAGUAUUUUUAUUCAAUAAGAUCAGUUUUAAAAAUGUUAUUUACAUUGAAGACUGGUUUUCAAUUGACUAAACAUUCUUAUCUGGUUAAUUUUAUAAAAAGGUAGAAGUUUACUAAAACGUAAAUUAACACCACAAAUUUUACCGAGAUUAGACUGUAAAAGUAUGUUUAAUAAACAUACAUUUACAAAUAAUUAAUAAUUUAAUACCUUACCCUAUUGUAAAAUAUAUAUUAUGUUCGCAUCUUCCCUGCUUUUGAUGUAUGCUAUAUUUAUCAUGUUACUUUUGAAUCGAAUGAUAAUUGUUUUUUUUAUAUGGAAAAAAUCUUAUUUUUUAUUAGAAAUAUUCAUUAAAAUUUUUACAAUUUGGAUUAAUAAUUUCGCCACUGUGUGUUCGUCAAACUGUGGUAUAAAAUUUCAAAAUCAUUAAACAAUUUAAUCUCAUUUUGUUAAUCCUCAUAAUUCUGCAAAUUACAUCGAUGUUAACUUGUCAGAAAUUAGGAACUAUUUUGUGUAAUAAUAUUGAAAAUAACUUCUAAUUAAGUAUUUACAAAUUUAUAUGUUAAAAUAAUUAAAGAAAGGGAAAUAUUAAGUAAUGGUGGAAAAAUAUAUUGGUUGUGGGUGCAGACAAAUACGAUUCAAACGUUUUUGUAGAAAAAUGUUCAGAAUCAAUUUGUAUCUAGCUCUUGAGUACGUUUCGAAUUUAAUUCUGUAUUAAAUUCUGUAACCAAUUACAAUAAAGUUUCGUUAUACC